AUGUCAGGGACCCGCCUUGGGCUGCUGGUCUCUGUCCUGUGCUGGGUAGGCAGAGCCUAUCCCAACACCUCCCCACUGCUCGGCUCCAGCUGGGGUGGCCUGACCCACCUGUACACAGCCAGCGCCAGGAACAGCUACCACCUGCAGAUCCACAAGGACGGCCAUGUGGAUGGCACACCCCAUCAGACCAUCUACAGUGCCCUGAUGAUCAGGUCAGAGGAUGCCGGCUUUGUGGUGAUAACAGGUGUGAUGAGUAGGCGAUACCUCUGUAUGGACCUCAGAGGCAACAUCUUUGGAUCCCACCUCUUCAGCCCGGAGAGCUGCAGGUUCCGACAGCGGACGCUGGAAAACGGCUACGACGUGUACCACUCGCCGCAGCACCGCUUCCUCGUCAGCCUGGGCCAGGCCAAGAGGACCUUCCUGCCGGGGACCAACCCGCCGCCCUACUCCCAGUUCCUGUCCCGGAGGAACGAGAUCCCCCUCAUCCACUUCAACACCCCCAGGCCAAGGCGGCACACGCGCAGCGCCGAGGACACGGAGCGCGACCCGUUGAACGUGCUGAAGCCCAGGCCCCGCAUGACCCCCGCCCCGGCCUCCUGCUCCCAGGAGCUCCCGAGCGCCGAGGACAACAGUGUGGUGGCCAGCGACCCGUUAGGGGUGCUCAGAGGCAACCGGGUGAACGCGCACGCCGGGGGGAUGGGCGUGGACAGGUGCCGCCCCUUCCCCAAGUUCAUCUAG